CCCACAUUCGCGAUUGAAACUGUCCGGGGGAGUGUCACUGGCUAGAAGCACUUUCUUCCUGUUUCACUUCAACGAACUUGGGAGUUAUUCCUUGUAAUUGUGUGAAUGUCGGGGAACAUUAGCUCCACAAAAGUCAUCCAACUGCUAGCGAGCUACUUGCCAGCUGCUUCUAGCAGGCGCUUACGACCCCAGGCUACCUGAACCAGGUGGGGAGCCCAUCUAAGAGUUGCUGUGUUUCCAGGUGUGGAGCAUGUGGGCGUCCUGCUGUAACUGGUUAUGUUUGGACACUGCCACGGUGGAGGAGAGCAACAGCCGCACGCGUCACCAGGCCUAUACUAACUCAGGCUACAGCAACUACCCGUCGCCCCCACUCCCGGACCACACGUGCAAAGCCUGCGGAAGCCGCUUCGUCACCCUAGCCAGAAAGCAUGUCUGCAUGGACUGCAAGAAUAACUACUGCGGCAGGUGUUCGGCCCAGCUUGAGCCCCGUCCACGCCUUUGCCACACCUGCCAGCGGUUCCACGGCACACUUUUCGAUCGCACCGAGCUGAUGAAGGUCAAGGUGAAGGACCUGCGCGACUACCUCCACCUGCACAAGGUCUCAACGCAGAUGUGCCGUGAGAAAGAGGAACUGGUGGAGCUGGUCCUGGGACAGCAGACACAGUCACUCUCUGGCCCAAUCGUAAACCCUCUGACCCAAACCGCCACCCAGCAUGAGACAACUCCUCCUCCAGGACACCCCACCACCACCACACCCUCUACACACCCCGAAUCCACCUCCACAGACCAUGCCCCUUCACAGCCGCCACCCACUCAGGAGGACAGUCAGACCGUGUCUGUGUUGGUGUCCCCGGGUCUUGAGGAGCCACUGGACACUGAGGGAGAUACAGAGCUGCAGGGAGAGCAGGAGCUACAGUCCUCAGACACAGAGGAGGUGCUGGUGCCAGGCCGCAGGGCGUCGCUGUCUGACCUGGCCGUGGCAGAGGACAUCGAGGCCCUCAGCGUCCGGCAGCUCAAGGAGAUCCUGGCCCGUAACUUUGUCAACUACAAGGGCUGCUGCGAAAAGUGGGAGCUAAUGGAGAGGGUCACCCGCCUCUACCACGACCAGAAGGACCUCCAGAAUCAUCUGGUUUCAAGUACAAAUGACGGCACAGACCCCAGCGGUACCCCUGGCCAGGAGGAGAACCUGUGUAAGAUCUGCAUGGACUCUCCCAUUGACUGUGUCCUACUGGAGUGUGGCCACAUGGUCACCUGCACCAAGUGUGGCAAGCGGAUGAACGAGUGCCCCGUCUGCAGGCAGUAUGUGGUGCGGGCCGUUCAUGUCUUUAGAUCCUGAGACCCAAGCCUUGGGAACCCCACCCCCACCUCCCGUAAAUAAACAAGGGACUUCCUUCUUGUGGCCUUACCACCCAUAGACUAGACGAGGGGUAUUAAACUCUUACCCUAUGGGGUCCGGAGCCAGCUGGUUUUCUGUUCUACCUGAUACUUAAUUGCACCUACCUGGUAUCCAAGGUCUAAAUCAGUCUGAGAUUUAGAGGGGAACAAUUUAAAAAAGCAGUGGAACUGGCUUUGAGAUCCAGAGUUGAGUUUAAGGGGACUAGACUAACCACCUCUCCCUCCAGAUCUCCACUGCUCAGAUGGUCCUUGAGACCCUGAGUAGUGGUUCCUCCUGUUGGAGGGAUGAACAGGUGAGGUGAACCUCAUUAUCCCUUUGAUAAACCACACAAACUCAAUGACUGGACAUGGGCACUUCCUACUGUUAUUGACUGGACUUCUACAGUUCAUAUCCCAAGCUGAUAAGGAUAUGUCUUAUUAUUAGAAUAAGAGAGUGCCUGUAUUAAACAGGCAAUACCAUAUUUAUUUAUUUUUCCUUUGGAGACCUGCAUAUAAACACAAAAAUGUCAAAGAUUUUGCCGAGUUACAGUUCAUAUAAAGAAAUUGGUCUACUGAAAUAAAUUAAUUGGGCCCUAAAACCAUAGAUUUCAAAUGACUGUAAAGGGGCGCCGCCAUGGGUUGGCAUAGGCCCACCCGAUGGAGAGCAAGGCCCAGCCAAUCAGAAUGAGUUUGUCCCCACAAAGGGCUUUAUUACAGACAGAAAUACUCCUCAAAUGUUAGUGGCCUUUUAUUGUCCCCAGCACAAGGUGCGCCUGUGUAUUGAUCAUGCUGUAUAAUCAGCUUCUUGAUAUGCCACACCUGUCAGGUGGAUGGAUUAGCUUGAAAAAGGCAAAAAUGCUCACCCUCAGGAAUGUAAACACAUUUAUGCGCACAAUUUGAGAGAAGAUUUCUGGGAUCUUUUAACCUCUUCGAGAUAGGGGGCGCUCUUUUAAUUUUUGGAUAAAAAACGUUCCCGUUUUAAACAAGAUAUUUUGUCACGAAAAGAUGCUCGACUAUGCAUGGAAUUGACAGCUUUGGAAAGACAAAACUCUGAAGUUUCCAAAACUGCAAAGAUAUUAUCUGUGAGUGCCCCAGAACUAAUGCAACAGGCGAAACCAAGAUGAAGUUUCAUACUGGAAAUGCCCCAGAUUCUGAAGGCGCUGUGUUCCAAUGUCUCCUUAUAUGGCUGUCAAUGCGCCAGGAAUGAGCCUGCCCUUUGUGUCGUUUCUCCAAGGUGUCUGCAGCAUUGUGACGUGUUUGUAGGCAUAUCAUUGGAAGAUUGACCAUAAGAGACUACAUUUACCUGGUGUCCCGCCCGGUGUCCUGUGUUGAAAUUAUUGCGUAAUCUGUAGGUCCAUGCGCGUUCCAUUUCUUCAGAAGAGAAAGUCAACUGCCAUGAAGGAUUUAUCGUCGAUAGAUAUGUGAAAAACACCUUGAGGAUUGAUUCUAAACAUCGGUUUGCCAUGUUUCUGUCGAUAUUAUGGAGUUAAUUUGGAAAAAAGUUUGCGUUUUAAUGACCUAAUAUUUUAUUUUUAUUUUUUCUUACCCAAACGUGAUGAACAAAACGGAGCGAUUUGUCAACACAAAUAAUGUUUUUUGUAAAAACGGAACAUUUGCUAUCUAACAGUCUCCUCAUUGAAAACAUCUGAAGUUCUUCAAAGUUAAAUGAUUUUAUUUGAAUCCUUUUCUGUUUUUUUGUGAAAAUGUUGCAUGCUGAAAGAGAGGCAUAAUCCUAUGCUAGGCUAUCAAUACUGUUACACAAAUGCUUGUUUAGCUAUGGUUCAAAAGCAUAUUUUGAAAAUCUGAGAUGACAGUGUUGUUAACAAAAGGCUAAGCUUGAGAGCAAAUAGAUUAAUUUCAUUUCAUUUGCGAUUUUCAUUAAUAGUUAACGUUGCGUUAUGGUAAUGAGCUUGAGGCUGUAGUCACGAUACCGGAUCCGGGAUGGCUCGACGCAAGAAGUUAAUCAGCUCAUGAAACAUGGGACAAACACGAAACAUGUUGCGCUUAUAUUUUUGUUCAGUGUGUAUGUAUAUAUAAGCACCAAGUGCUCUUAAUAAUGGAUUCGAUUGAUGUAACUGUUAAGAGUUGAACCCCAGUAAAAGGGAAAGCAUUUACAUUAGUGGUUGAGCUGAGAACACAUCCAUAGGAUUUCCCUAUGUGUCUUGUCGUUACUCUGCGCUUAGCAAAGCAGGAACACCCUGUGGUGGUAUAGUGUAAAAGCCAACCCAUAGACACUGCAUACAUUGUUUAUCAAUGAAGCAAAGCCUGCAGAUGUUCACUCAAUCCCUCUGCUGUAGAAUCAGAUGGACACACAGUUUUAGUGCUUACGUUUUAGCCUGGUCCCAGAUCUGUUUGUGCUGUAUAGCCAACUCCUAUGGUUAUUGUCACGUCAAACCGAGAGUUCCCUGAAGGAGAGGCCCUUUUCCCACUGCAAACGGCACUAUCUGGCAUACUUUGUAGAAAGACACUACGGGGGCCGUACACCAACACACCACAAGGAGAGAUGACCGCGAAGGUGAAGAGGGACAGACCAGCGCAACAAACCACAAAGGCAGAACUACUACCAGAGGCUUCCGACCAAGGGUUUUGCAUGACAUCGACCAUAGGAUUUGGUUAUACAGCACAAACCGAUCUGGGGACCAGGCUACUUAUGCUGACAGUGGAAGAGAAUAUGUGGAUCAGUGGUCCUUCACUAUUCCAACUAUAUACAAGUGCUUUAUCCUUCCAAUACUCAACUGCUCAUUGUAUUUUUCAGCAUCAACAUUGACCAAAGGCCCUUACACUUGCUAUUGUAUUUUUCAAAUAAGCCAAAAUAAACCAUGUCAGAAUAGCCUGGUGUAUAGCUAAAUCUAGUCGUGCAUAAGCAUAUAAUUCACUAGUUGUGCACUAUAUGCGUUGUCAUGACACACAUACAUAAAAGAUGAGUUGUCGAAAGCACAAGCAGAUCUUUGGCAUUGCCCAAGAUGAAAGUUGAAGCUCUUAAAGACAUCUCAUCCGUUUGGCUAGCCAAGUACCUUUAACUCCACAAUGAGACUAUCGUUUUUUUUAACCUCCGACUCUUUCGAGUUGCUAUGAGGUCGAUAAUUUUUUUAAUCAUUAAACCCUUACCGUGUACCUAUGUUUGUCCUCUGUUGCAUGCCUUUCAUUGUUUGCUGAAUAGUUUUUAAUAAAACCAAAUACAACAAUUGACUGUUUCCUUUUUGAGAUUCAAUUGGCACAUGCGUCAUCGGGCUGAGUUGCCAUCUUAGAGCGACAGCAAUGUGGAAACAGUCGGUGGUUGUAUUUGAUUAACGUUUUUAUAAAACAUUUACACAAAGGGAUUUACACAAAGGCAUGUAACAACAGACAAACAUGUACAUGGUAAGAGGUUAAAUAAUUAAAAAAAAAUUGAAGUAUCAACUGCAUAGUAGGAGGUUCAUUUAAACUAGUCUGCACUCAACUGGAUGAAAUCAUUGUGGAGUUGAGGACCUUGGCAACCGUUUGGCAUGAGUCUAAAGGCUCAACAAUGGCGAAAGUACCUUGAACAAUCCAUUGUCCAUUAUCAGCUAUAGGUAGUAUAACUCUCCGAUUUAAUGACAGGUGUGUUUUUGCAUACUCCGGUGCUAAACCUCCAGUCCCUCCCAUCCCAGCUGAACAUAAUGAAAGAUUGUUUGACUCUUAAUAAGUGGCCUUCAAAAAACCAGCACCUUUACUCAUGACAGUGAGCACACACUGUACUUUUGAAUAUAAUGCAGCUUUGUGAAAUCGUGUGCUUGCUCGGUUAGAUGGAAAAUGUGUAUUGUCGAGAUGAUAGAGCCGUGUACAUUGCACUAAGCUACAUUUUAAAAAAAUGUAGCUUUGUAUUUAAUAAGUAAGGAGUCUGGAAUUGAGAUGGUGCCCUUGUGUCCCAAAUUCAAUGCAGGUGCCAUUUGGGACACCUGCCUUGUAUGAUGAAAGGAAGUGUACUUGACCUAUUUUUCUUUCUGAUAAAUGAGGCGUUUUAAUAUAUAUUUACUUGACCAUUGUUAGAUUUUUAGGUUUCGAUUACAUUUCUAGCGACUGCAAAAUAAAGAAUUUAUAAAUACCAUUGAAAUUAUGGACCUUGAAUUUA